AUGAGUAUCAAAACUAUAAAGAUCGAAGAUAAGGACCAUGAGGUGACCGCAUACAUGGUGGCACCUGAAAACUGUGGAAAAGGGGUCGUGCAUGGAAUGGACAUACGCAUGACCGAGGAGACGAUAAUGGAGGGUUUCGCCGGUCACGAACAGAACCCAGAGAUUCUUGGGAUCAGAAGAAUGGGCCGAUCUACCACGGUCGUCAUCACCUUCGCGGAAGCAGAGGUGCCGCGUACGCUCGUGUGUUUCGGCAUGAUCAUGAAGUGCUUCCUGUUCAAGAAACGCUACGAAGUGUGCUAUCGGUGCAGCGAACUGGGCCACAGAUCGGACGUUUGCAACAGUCCAGAAGCCAAGUGCCGCGGGUGUGGUAUGUCAUCACCGCCGGAGGACCACCAGUAUGUGCCAAAGUGUCGUUUGUGCGGCAAAGAACAGUUGACUGGAGAUAAGAAGUGUACGAUGUUGUUUCGCACGCCAUAUAUUGUCAAGAAACGACAGUGGGAGGCGAAGCUUGCAGCGGAACCAGAAGAAGAGAAAGCGCCGAAAACAGCGCUGCAGCAACAACAACAGGUGCGAUGCAGCCGUCAUGACGGUGCUCGAGACAGAUCCAAGAGCACGCCGAGGGACCGCUCGGCAUCGUUCCCCAGGCUUACACCGUCGACGCGAGAAGAGGCUUCUUCUCGUCCCGAGCAACAACAGUCCAAGAGCCACCAGAAGCCAAAAGAGUGCCAGAAGAGUGCGCCACCGAACUCACAGGUGGGUUGGGUGGACAAGGGCUCUCAGGAUUCCGCAAUGGUAAAGGCUCUCAAAGAACAGAACAGGCUCAUGCAGGAACAGAUAAGAACCAUGCAGGUGCAAUACAACAACAUGCAGGAGCAAAACAGAGAGCUCCGAGAGCAGAUAACUUUGCUAAAUAAGCGCAUAGGUGAGGGAGCGCAGAAGGGCGAGAAAGAGGUAUCACAAUCGGUGUCGGAAACACCACGUGCAGAUCCUCCUCCUAAAAAGAAGCGGGUGAAGGAUGUAGAAAUUUAA